ACACAAAUAAUUUAACAGACAAAUACAUGAAUUUUUAGAUUCACCAUUUUUUAACCUACACAUUCAAUCUCAUUUAAUUAAUAAUUUAACUGUCUAUUAAUUGAGUAAGCCUAUUUUAAUGGAAAAGGGCACAAUAAAACACAUUUACCACUUAUUUCGAAGGUAGUUAGCAUCCGCUCAAACCAAAGAAACAUAUCUAAAAUGUAUAUAAAUGUAAAAAAGACAUCGGAGGAUGGAUCUAAAACGGAAAAGUUCAUUCCACGUUGCGCAUAGGCCUAUAAGUAUACCCUGACACCUUUUAACAGGGAUGAAACGUCGUAUGUACCCGAUGUCUGGAGAGCAUAACACGGAAGAACAUAUAAUAACAGACCGCAAACAAGUAGGUCUGCAGAUAAAGAAAAACGACCUCCUGAAUGACGUACAGUCGGCUUUGAGGCGCGGCAACAGGCAGAUUGCUGAUCCAAUCCCACGGCCACAAUUACUUUUAAUUUAAUCUUUGUACAUUCAUAUGUGACAUAUACACGGAGGAUAUGCGACAGAUGGCGGGGCAUAUCGCCAAUUAACCAGAGGAAUAUGGUAUAUUCUGGAGUAGUGAGAACGAAGACCGGUGUGAGAAUUUAAUUUAUAAACGUGAAUGGAGGGCACAUCCCGAAUUACUACGGGGAAUAUUUAGUACUCUGGGGUAGAGUGAAUUAAUGUGUCAAUGUAAUUUAGGCGUGAAUGAAGGGUUUAUCUCCAAUACAUUCACACUGUCGAGUCGAAAUUGAUAGCAUCGAAAAAUGGCUGGACGUGGCAAAGGAGGAAAAACGAAGGGAAAGGCGAAGACCAGGUCGUCCCGUGCUGGACUUCAAUUCCCGGUCGGAAGAAUCCACCGUCUUCUGAGGAAAGGCAACUACGCCGAGAUGGUCGGAGCCGGUGCACCCGUGCACUUGGCAGCCGUCAUGGAAUACUUAGCCGCUGAAGUUCUCGAAUUGACAGGCAACGCCGCACGUGACAACAUGACUAUCAGGAUCAUUCCUCGUCACUUUCAGUUGGCCAUUAGGAAUGACGAAGAGUUGAACAAACUUCUCUCCGGAGUUACCAUCGCCCAGGGUUUAUUCCCAAUUACCCCGACGAAUAUCAAGUUUUCUGGGGUAGGGUGAAUAUGUGUUAAUGCAAUAAUUUAUUAGCGCGAAUGGCAGGUCCAUACUCAAUUCCCCGACGAAUAUCGAGUUCUCUGAGGUAGGGAGAAUAAAUCUGUGAAUUGAAUUUAUUAACGUGAAUGCAGGGACCAUAUCCCCAAUUAUAUCGAGAACUCUGCGGUAAUGAGAAUAAAUGUGUGAAUGCAAUUUAUUAGUGUGAAUGAAUGCUUAUCAACAAUUAUUCUGAGGUUAAUCGAGUACUCUGGGGUAGUGUGAAUGGAAUCUGAUAUGUGAA